AUGAAUUUGAAAUCGCAGGUUCUAUGGUCAAUAUAUUUUACUGUUAGGUUGAAGUUGCUUCCAAUGUCAAACAGUCAAAGUGAUCCGCUAUUGCAAAUGGAAACAACAUGCGGAUCUCUUCUAUAUGAAUUGCAGAUAAUAUGGGAUGAGGUAGGAGAGUCGGAUGCUGAAAGAGAUAGAAUGUUGCUUGAGCUAGAACGGGAAUGCUUGGAGGUGUACAGAAGAAAAGUAGAUCAGGCAAACAGGUGUAGAGCUCAGAUUAGGCAGGCAAUUGCUGACUCUGAAGCUGAACUUGCUGCCAUCUGCUCCGCAAUGGGAGAGCGACCAGUACAUAUUAGGCAGUCUGAUCAAAAUCCUGGAAACUUGAAGGAAGAACUUAGAGCCAUUCUUCCACAGAUAGAGGAAAUGAGGAAGAGGAAAUGUGAUAGAAAGAAUCAAUUUGUAGAAGUUUUGGAGCAGAUACAGAAGCUUAAGCAUGAACUUUCUAAUUCAAGUGGGUAUACUUCUACUACUUUGGUAGUGGAUGAAGCAGAUCUGUCUCUAAGAAAGCUUGAAGAAUUGCAAAGAGAGCUGCAGGCACUUCAAAACGAAAAGAGUGAACGUCUGAAGCAGCAGUUAGCGGCUGCUAUUCAGAGACUCAGAGUGAUUAAACUAGAAAGGAUGCAAAGGCUUCAAGAUCUCGCCAUGUCUUUGCUGCAACUGUGGAACUUGAUGGAUACACCUCUUGAGGAGCAACAAGUUUUUCAGAAGGUCACUUGUAAUUUAGCAGCUUCAGAAAACGAGAUUAUGGAGCCAAACAUGCUGUCUGUAGACAUUAUUACUUUUGUCGAGGCAGAGGUUUCUCGGUUAGAAGAGUUGAAAACAAGCAAAAUGAAGGAGCUUGUUCUGAAAAAGAAGUCGGAGCUAGAAGAUAUAUGUAGGAAAACACAUCUGAUUCCAGAAACGGAUAGUUCAUUGGACAUUGCUAUUGAAGCUAUUGAAUCUGGAGCUGUUGAUGCAACUUAUGUGCUUGAACAAAUUGAGGUUCAAAUAGCUAAAGUUAAAGAAGAGGCAUUUAGCAGGAAAGAUAUCCUUGACAAGGUUGAGAAGUGGAUGGUUGCAUGUGAAGAGGAGAGCUGGCUUGAGGAGUACAAUAGGGAUGAAAAUCGUUACAAUGCUGGGAGAGGUGCUCAUCUUACACUGAAACGGGCUGAGAAAGCUCGCGUCUUGGUCAACAAACUUCCUGCAAUUGUGGAUGCAUUGGCUUCCAAAACAUCAUCUUGGGAGAAUGAGAGAGGAAUCGAAUUCACUUACGACGGUGUUCGUCUUCUUUCUAUGCUUGACGAGUAUAACUUUCUACGGCAAGAAAAAGAGCAAGAACGCAAAAGGCAGAGGGAUCAGAAGAAACUUCAGGGGCAGUUACUAGCAGAACAGGAGGCUCUUUAUGGUUCAAAACCGAGCCCUAUGAAGAACCAGAGUGUGAAGAAAGGACCUAGAUUGUCAUGCGGUGGUGCAAGCAAUAGAAGACUUUCUCUUGGCGGCACAUCUCUACAAACUCCUAAGCAUGAUAUGCUUCACUCCACCAAAGCUACUCCUAAUACACGUCAUGCCAAGAAAAAUGACCGGUUGAGUCAUGACAACCCCACCAGGGAUGAUAGAUUUCAUGCUAUGUCAUCUGGACGGAGGGGUCUGGACAUAGCUGGUCUUCCUCUGAAACCACAUUCUUUAAAUCCACCGAACGCUCAUGAAAUAGAGUUGCCAAUGAUUCGAAAGCCUUUCUCUCCCAUUUCUUCCACGGACUCCUCAAAAUCCAAAGCAACAAAUAUUUUGGAAGAUCUGAACAUAAAACAUAACGAGAUGUUGCAGAAGACACUUACAAGCAACAAUACACCACCAUUCACAACUCCUUCCAAGACGAUUUCUACUUUGGACGAAGAGAACAGAACCCCCAAAACAAUGGCAAUUCCUGUGCCUUCUACACCAUCUACCGUUUCAGUUCCAAUGCUGACAGCUAUCACACCAGUUCCUUGUGUACCCAAGUCAAUGGAAGACGAAGAUAUUGAAUACUCGUUUGAGGAAAGGAGAGCAGGAUUUGUGCUUCCCAAAGACCAUCGAAAGACUUUGACUUAA